CAGAUCGACACACUGACAUCCGACCUGCAGCUGGAGGAUGAGAUGACGGACAGCUCCAAGACAGACACGCUCAACAGCAGCUCCAGCAGCACCACAGCUUCCAGCUUGGAGAAGGUCAAGCUGCGGGGCAGCACGCCGCUCAUCAAGCCUCCCGCACACCCCUCCGCCAUCCUCACUGUGCUGAGGAAGCCCAACCCACCCCCUCCGCCACCACGGCUGACACCUGUCAAGUGCGAUGAGCUCCCAAGACCACUUCCUUCUGCCAACCCCAUGAAGACAAAUGGGACACUGCUGCGAAAUGGGGGAUUGCCAGGAGGGCCAAACCGUGUCCCGAAUGGGGAUGUAUGCUGUAUACCCAACAGUAAUUUGGACAAAGUUGCCAUGCAGCCUCUGGUGCAUAGACCUGAGAAAGAACGGUGUCCACCACCAGGGACGAGGGAACGGGUACGAUUUAGUGAAAAAGUGCAGUACCAUGGCUACUGCCCCGACUGUGAUGUUCGAUAUAACAUUAAAAACAGGGAGGUGCACUUGCACAGCGAGCCUGCCCGCCUUGUGGGGAAGCCUCCACACCAGUGCCCUCUGCCACCUCCUCCUCCUCUGCUGCCUCCAUUCCCCCUCGAAAAUGGAGGCUUGGGGAUAAGUUCCAGUAAUAGCUUUCCUCCUCCGAGACCUGCAACUGUGCCUCCACAAACUGCACCAAAACCCCAGAAGACCAUCCUGAGGAAAUCAACCACCACAACAGUGUGAUAUAUGCCACUUGAAGAAACUAUUUUUUUUCCCUAUAUGUAAAGAUAAAUAGGUAACGAGCACUUUCUACUCAAGCAAUAAGAAGUCCCAAUAUAUUACUCCCUGCGUCCAGUGAAGUGGCAUAAAAAUCAUAUGAAAAGGCUUCUGAGGUGAAAUUUGCAGUAACACUUUUCAGCAAAAAAGUUGACUUGGGAUCAUCAGGUGAUACA